GUUGUAGUUUCCUCCAGGUCUUCCCGACGCUCCCUGCUCUUCCUGGAUACUGAGGAGCGCGGCGGCCGUGACGAGCGAGCGGGGGGCCAGCGGCGCGAGGGCUGGGGCAUCGGGCCCGGAGCCCAGGGGUACGGGCGACGUCUGGACGGACCGGCCCCGCCGCUGGAGGCCCCGCCCCCGAGGACGCCCCACCUCCUCGGUCCCAGGCUUCAGCGGUCCGCUGAGAAUCACCCGCCCCUGCCCUCCUGGGGCCUCGCGCCUGUUGGACCAACUCAGUUUGCGCCUCUUUUCCUGGCUGCUGAAGACUUAGAGUCUUUGUGCCCCCACUGAGCUGCCGGGGGCUCUCUGAAGGCCCCCAGGGGAGAGGCCCUGCCGUACUGCCCUUCCCCGGCUUCCCGGUCCCAGCUGGCUCCUGGUGAGGCCUGUCUAGGCGCUUUCCGGGAAGCCCUUCCUGCACCCCAGGGACAUGGAGGAGUUCCGGCGCACCUACAGCCGGCUGUGCAAGGAGAGUGGGGCCGAGCCCCAGGAGACUGUUCUGCAGCAAAUGCACCAGCUGCCGCAGGGCCGGCUGGACCUGGCCACACAGAGCCUGACAGUGGACACCUGCAGGGCUCUGGGCAAGCUGCUACAGAAGGAGGCACUGCUGACGGAGCUCGUCCUGAGUGACUGCAUGCUGAGUGAGGAAGGGGCCGUGCUGCUGCUGCAGGGGCUGUGUGUCAACACCAUCGUGCGGUUUCUGGAUCUCAAGGGCAAUAACCUUCGCGCCUCAGGGGCCGAGGCACUGGCAAAACUCCUCCGACAGAACAAGUCCAUUCAGAGCCUAACCCUGGAGUGGAACAGCCUGGGCACGUGGGAAGAAGCCUUCGCGGCCUUCUGCGGGGCCCUGGCAGCCAAUGGCGCCCUGCGGCAGCUGGACCUCCGCAACAACCAGAUCAGCCACAAGGGUGCUGAGGAGCUGGCUCUGGCCCUGAAGAGCAACACCAGCCUCCAGCAGCUUGACCUGCGCUGGAAUCACAUCGGCCUCCUGGGGGGCCGCGCCCUGGUAAACUGUCUCCCCAGCAACAGAACCCUGUGGAAGCUGGAGCUGGCUGGGAACAGCAUCCCCGGUGACAUCCUCAGAGCCGUGGAGCAAGCCAUGGAUCACAACCAGGACCGGCAGACCACCUUCCGGGAAAGCCAGGCCCGCGCCCACGUGCUCAGCAAGGAGGUGCGGCACCUCCGGGAAGAGAAGUCCAAACAGUUUCUGGACUUGAUGGAGACGAUCGACAGACAGAGAGAAGAGAUGGUCAGGAGCAGCAAGGCAUCGGCAGCACGCGUGGGGCAGCUUCAGGAAGCCCUGAACGAGAGGCAUUCCAUCAUCAACGCUCUCAAGGCCAAGCUGCAGAUGGCUGAGGCCGCCCUGGCUCUGUCAGAGCAGAAGGCCCAGGACUUGGGGGAGCUCCUGGCCACCACAGAGCAGGAACAGCGGAGCCUGGCACAGAGGCAGGCAAAGGAGCACAGGCUGGAGCAGCAGGAAGCUGCAGAGCGGGAGUCUAAGCUCCUCAGAGACUUGUCUGCUGCCAAUGAAAAGAACUUGCUUUUGCAAAACCAGGUGGACGAGUUGGAGCGGAAAGUGAAAUCUCAGCAGGAUCAGCUAUUCCUGACCAGGCAGGAGCUGACCAACACGGCAGCUGAGCUGAAGAUGCGGGCUGUCCAGGCUGAAGAACGCCUGGAACUGGAGAAGAAGAGGUCCCGGCAGAGCUUGGAGGACGCGGAACACCUGCGCUUCAAGGAGGUGGAGCACAUGACUCGCCACCUGGAGGAGAGCGAGAGGGCCAUGCAGGAGAGGGUACAGAGGCUGGAGGCUGUGCGGCUGUCCCUGGAGGAGGAGCUGAGCCGGGCAAAGGCCGCGGCACUCAGUGAGCGCAGCCAAGCUGAGGAGGAGCUCAUCAAGGCCAAGAACCAAGUCCGCCUGGAGGAGCAGCGCCUGGCUCACCUGGAGGAGAAGCUGCGGCUGCUGGCGCAGGCUCGGGACGAGGCUCAAAGCGCCUGCCUGCAGCAGAAGCAGGUGGUAGCCGAUGCCCAGGCGCGGGCCAGCCAGCUUGGCCGGCAGGCGGAGGGCCUGAGGCGGCGCCUGGAGGAGCUGCAGCAGGAGCUGAGCAACAAGGACCAAGAAAAGGCGGCUGAGGUGACAAGGGUGCGGCUGGAGCUGCAGGAGCAGAACGGCCGCCUGCAAGCCGAGCUGACAGCCCAGGAAGCGCUGAAGGAGAAGGCAGCGGCCCUGGAACGCCAGCUGAAAGUGAUCGCAAGUGACCACCGGGAGGCACUGCUGGACAGGGAGAGCGAGAAUGCCUCUCUCCGUGAAAAGCUUCGCCUGAAGCAGGCCGAGAUUGCCCGGAUCCGGGAUGAGGAGGCCCAAAGGGCCAGCUUCCUGCAAAAUGCUGUUCUGGCUUAUGUGCAGGGGUCCCCCCUGAGGACCUUGAGCCCCCAAAAGUGAGGGGAGGCAGGGAAAGUCUGAAAGUGGCAGGAAGGUGGCAUCUGUUGGACAUCUUUGUCUCAUGCCUGCCUCUCCCUUCUUUACAAGGGACAGGCCAUGGGUAGGUCCGGGCUCUUUAGGCAGGGUCUACAGCCGGUGACUUGGAAAAUCAGUGCUGGAUGUGAGAUGGAUGUGAGAGCAGGACGGCUGCAGCUUACCACCAGAGUGCCCACCUGCGGGGGGUCCAGAACCUCGCUGGCCAAGGGGGCUGGAGAGGGCCCCAGCCCCAUCCCCACUCCUUCAUCCCAAUCACAAGGAAUGAUGCGCCUGAGAACACAGACCCAUGUUGGAAGGAGAUCUGGGGGAGCAGGCCUGAGCUCUCCUGGCCCCACCCACCACAGUUCAGUCACCUUUCACAACCAUGAGCUCCGCAGGCCCCAGCGCUCACUCCAGGGUGUUCUGAAAUACAGACUUUUGCAAUUUGUGAUACCUUUUGGCCCCAGUGCCUUUAUCCAGUAUCAGUCUUUUCUCCAAGCUUGGGCCCUUCAGGAAAGGCCCUCCAGGUGUGGCUGGGUCACCCUUCUAACUGCUACCAGGUAGGGAUUGGUCCAGCUACUGCAGCAGACAGGUGGGGAUGGGGGCAGCUCGGCAGGGGGCUGCCUGCCUCGUGGAUCUCUAGUGACUGCAAACACCUGAGUUUUCACCAGCUGUCUCGUGGUUAGAGG